AUGAAGGUUAUUUGCUUCAUCUCAGUUUUAUCUCUACUGUGUCAUUGUAAUGCGCUGGACUACAGACUAUGUCAAGAACUGCCGAAGGAGAAACACUGUUUGAUAGAAUACCCAGUGAGAUACAGGUGGCCACAUCAACUCAGAUACGUCUUCAACUGGUACACAAAGAGCUGCUUUGAGAUCAGAUGGUCGAAGCAUUGUCAGACCCUGGCUACACCGUCAUCGACGAACAAUUUUCCUUCGGAACGCGAGUGUCAAAUCGAAUGCGGUGGCUGGGCGUAG